UGCCAGCAUAGUGAUAUAUAAAGUCCAUGAAUCAAGUCAAACUAUAAGCAUGACCAUAGGUUUCUCGGUUUCUUAGGUCGGACCACUUAAGUUGUCCUCCUUACUAAGGAAACGAAACCACUUGCGGGGUGGCAACGGUCCAUACUAAGCGAGAUUAUACCUGCACUAACGCUGUUAAAAUGACGCGAGGCAUGCUUGCCGUCGCCAUUUUAGCGUUGUCAAUCUCUGCGGCAUGCUGCAGUGCGGCAGUUUCUAGCCCGAAGCUGGCACUUCCACCUACCAACGAAAAGAGCCGCUCGCCCAAGGCUAGCCCGUCUCCAUCUCCAAGCCCCUCGCCCAAGGCUAGCCCAUCUCCGUCACCCAGCCCCUCGCCCAAGGCUAGCCCGUCUCCGUCACCCAGCCCCUCGCCCAAGGCUAGCCCGUCCCCCUCGCCCAAGGCCAGCCCGUCCCCCUCGCCCAAGGCCAGCCCGUCCCCCUCGCCCAAGGCCAGCCCGUCCCCCUCGCCCAAGGCCAGCCCGUCCCCCUCGCCCAAGGCCAGCCCGUCCCCCUCGCCCAAGGCUAGCCCGUCUCCGUCACCCAGCCCCUCGCCCAAGGAUAGCCCUGCCGUGAACGGGUCCUCUCCCUCCCCUUCCAGGCCUACUCGCGGCCGGCACCUCUUAAUCUCCUUGUCGCCGCCUUCACCCAAGGCCGGCCGGUCUCCGUCGCCCAGCCCCUCGCCUUCGCCUAGGGCCGGCCGAUCUCCGUCGCCCAGCCCCUCGCCUUCACCCAAGGCUAGCCCGUCUCCGUCGCCCAGCCCCUCGCCUUCUCCUAGGGCCGGCCGGUCUCCGUCGCCCAGCCCCUCGCCCAAGGCUAGCCCGUCUCCGUCACCCAGCCCCUCGCCCAAGGCUAGCCCGUCCCCCUCGCCCAAGGCCAGCCCGUCCCCCUCGCCCAAGGCCAGCCCGUCCCCCUCGCCCAAGGCCAGCCCGUCCCCCUCGCCCAAGGCUAGCCCGUCCCCCUCGCCCAAGGCCAGCCCGUCCCCCUCGCCCAAGGCCAGCCCGUCCCCCUCGCCCAAGGCUAGCCCGUCCCCCUCACCCAAGGCUAGCCCGUCCCCCUCACCCAAGGCCAGCCCAUCUCCAACUCCAAGCCCCUCGCCCAAGGCUAGCCCUGCCGUUAACGGAUCCUCUCCCACGAAGCCUGCAAGCGGCCGGCGUCUCUUGACCUCUAUGUCGCCGCCCUCGCCCAAGGCUAGCCCUUCUCCCUCGCCCAAGGCUAGCCCUUCUCCCUCGCCCAAGGCCAGCCCGUCCCCCUCGCCCAAGGCUAGCCCGUCCCCCUCGCCCAAGGCUAGCCCGUCCCCCUCGCCCAAGGCUAGCCCGUCCCCCUCGCCCAAGGCCAGCCCGUCCCCCUCGCCCAAGGCCAGCCCGUCCCCCUCGCCCAAGGCUGGCCCGUCCCCCUCACCCAAGGCUAGCCCGUCCCCCUCACCCAAGGCUAGCCCGUCCCCCUCGCCCAAGGCUAGCCCGUCCCCCUCGCCCAAGGCUAGCCCUUCUCCCUCGCCCAAGGCUAGCCCUUCUCCCUAGCCCAAGGCCGGCCCUGCUAAUGGGCGUCACCUUCUGACCACCACCACCACCAAGUCCCCUAGCCCGGCGCCAUCUCCCAAGAAGAGCCCUGGCAAGUCAAAGCCCAAGCUUCACAAGCCGCCUCUGCCCAUCAAGUAGAACACCAGCCAGCCAGCAACCAGCCUGGCAGCACCCUCACGUGGUUACCUGUUUGCCAAUCAUGUUUACUGCUCAGGAACAGUUUGCGUGCUGCCAAAACUGGACAUGAGACGGAGUGCUGUGCGGCAGAUACGCUGCAUGAGGUUGCGGGGAUGCUUCGUAGAAUUUGUGCGUGGAGUCGGGUGGAGUUGUAAGAAUCCCUUAUCGUCGUUUUCCUGCUGACUAGUCAACGUUCCUGGCCGUUGCGUGGCCCGCUCGUCAGGCUUGCACCCGGUACUAAAAUUUAUGGGCUUCUGACUGUUGCUCCUAAUUAUUGAUCACGGUUAACAAUGUGCCACAUUAUUGCUGCUGCAAUGCUGCUUAGUUGGUUGUUGGACACUGCAGGCUGUUGCACCACCACGAUGUGAUCUUUGUCCGUAGAUUUGUGGUGGAAUAGAAGUUUGUCUUGACAAUUAUUAUUGGGUACAGAUAGGUGUCGUGUUGAAACAGGAGAUCGUGGUUUAUCUGCGAGUUGCUUAGGUAGGCCAUCGUUGCAAUAAGGCUGCAGGAUUGUAUGUUGUACGAUGCUGAAGACGCGCCAGGCUGUAACCCAGCUGCCCAUGAUUUACGCUUACCGAAGUAGGGUCGCGCUGUGUGCAUAUGAGGACGUGCACACAGCGCUCCAUUUACCGUGUAAUGCUUGUAAUUCCGGAGAAGUA